CAACCAAUGGGCUCGCUGGUUAAGGUGCGCACUUUAUUUUCGCAAGCAACUGAGGGGGGGCGCACCAGGCAAGGCGUCUCACGCACAUUUGGACUAUUAGACAGAGAAAGCAUUGUCGUCUCUCCCUGCUGUCACCGGUGUGCCAACUCCUGGUUUUCCACGGUCAAGAGAUCAUGGACAUGAAAGACGAAAUGCAAGACGAUUCCUCAUUCAGCAACACAGAGACAAACGGUAAGCGCCCCGCUGAGGAUGCGGAUGAGCAGAAAUCAUUCAAGCGCUCCAGGAACUCUGACGAGAUGAUUGAGCUGCGGAUCCUGCUGCAGAGCAAAAACGCAGGAGCUGUUAUCGGGAAGGGUGGCAAAAACAUCAAAGCCCUACGUUCAGAUUACAAUGCCAGUGUGUCAGUCCCAGACAGCAGUGGGCCUGAGCGCAUCCUGUGCAUCUGUGCCGACAUCGACACCGUCGGAGAGAUCAUGCUCAAGAUUAUCCCAACUCUGGAGGAGUACCAGCAGUACAAUGGCAUGGAUUUUGACUGUGAGCUGCGUCUACUGAUCCACCAGAGCUUGGCUGGCUCUAUUAUUGGAGUCAAGGGAGCCAAGAUCAAGGAGCUCAGAGAGAACACAAAGACCAGUAUCAAGCUGUUUCAGGAGUGUUGCCCUCAAUCGACAGACCGGGUCGUGCUGGUCGGUGGUAAAAUGGAGCGUGUGGUUGAGUGUAUCAAGACUAUGCUGGAGGUCAUUGCGGAAGCUCCCAUUAAGGGCCGUUCACAGCCUUACGACCCUAAUUUCUAUGACGAAACAUACGAAUAUGGAGGGUUCACGAUGAUGUUUGAGGAGCGAGGUAGCAGCCGCCGGCCCAUGGGAGGCUUCCCCAUUCGAGGGAGUAGGUCAAGCACCGGUGACCGGGGCUAUGAUCGAAUGCCCUCUAGCAGAUCGGGACGGGCACCCAUGCCUCCCUCUCGCAGGGAUUAUGAUGACAUUAGCCCUCGCCGAGGUCCUUCACACCACCAGAGCAGGAGUAGUAGGGGCAGCAGCAUGUCUAUGGGUCGUUCACACAGAGGAGGAGAUGAUCGUUACUAUGACUCAUACCGUGGCUCAGAUGAAAGGUCAAAUGACAGAAGAGGCAGACAGGAUCGCUACAGCGAUAACAUGAGUGGAGGGGGAUAUGACAACAGUUCCUCCUGGGAUGGCUACCAAUCAGGUGGACGGUGCUCCUACAACGACACUGUCAUUACCACACAAGUGACCAUCCCAAAAGAUCUGGCAGGCUCCAUUAUCGGCAAGGGGGGCCAGCGGAUCAAACAGAUCCGCCACGACUCCGGGGCGUCCAUCAAGAUCGACGAGCCUCUGGAAGGUUCCGAGGACCGGAUCAUCACCAUCGUGGGCACCCAGGAUCAGAUUCAGAAUGCCCAGUACCUUCUGCAGAACAGUGUGCUGCACCUGCUUGGAUUCAAGGACUAACCACACCCCCCCUUUUUUCCUCAUGUUUAUCUUUUUUUUUUUUUUUUUUUUUUUUUUUGGCCACUUUUGCCAUUUUCCCUGUUAGUUUUCCUUUUCUUCAAAGGACGCCCUCCCCACACACACUUAGCUGUAGUCUAUGCUUUAAUACAUCGUUUUAUUGUGAAUGUGGAAUUGCUCCUGUGAAUUCUAUUUAUUUUGUUCACUCUUUUUAUUUCAGUGUGAAGCAGUUCUCUGGUCUUUUGCUGUAGACCCCCAGGAUUGAAGCAGAUUGCCCCAAAAAUCCCUUCCCUUACCUUUUAAAAUUAUUCCCCAGCCCCCUCUCGCCCAACACAACCCCCUUCAGACUAUUAAUUCUGGAUUGUGGGUUUCUUUUGUUUUUUUUCUAAUUUUAUUUUUGUAUUUUGAAAGAUGUCCAACAUUCCUGUGCAUCAAAGAUGUCCUGCAUUCUUUAAAAAAAAAAAAAAAAGUAUUUUUGUUGACCUCCUUACUGUUUCCAACACGCAUUUAUUAAAGCAUAUUCUUAUCUACUGGCAGACAGACUUUUUUUUUUGAUGGUUUUAUAUUUGAUUAAUGUGUAGCUUUUUCUUCUAGUCCUGACUAACACACUGCUCUAAAACAUCCUGAAUGUAAGCCUUUCUUCCAAAAGUGGUGUCUGUGGCAGGACUCUUAUCCAGCAAAUACACAUUGACUAUUACCAUAUUCAUAGGUGUUGUGUGGGUUAAAUUCAUAUUUUCUUCCUUCUAGACGGAAAGACUACAGUUUUGUUAUUAAAGUGUAUUGCUGAAUUGGAAAAGUGAAUAACAAAGCCACCUUGUCUGUGCUCUACUACACUUGCUUGAUGUUCAUGCUGUUCAGCUUAUUUGUCCAAUUGUAAAAUGAAUAAAGAUGCCACUUUUUA